GUAAUUAUUUGUAUCUUCGACUCUUAAAGGUACAAUUACAAAGGAGGCGUCUAAUUUGCAGGGACAUAAUGCAAAAUUUAUCAAGGCCAGAGCCACUUUCUGCAAAAGACAAAGGGUCGUUUGCUUUUGAUACAGUAAAUCGUCGUAUGCCUAUGAUUUUGACACGUGUCAUCGAUUCUACGAGUAAACUGGCUUCAAAACUGACAGAGAAAAACGAUAAUGUUAAAGCAGACAAUGUGAAAGAAAUUAUAAGUAAACUUUCCGGUCUGAAAUAUGAAAUGGAAACAAAUAAACCUUUGAAAAUUCUGAAUGAUGAUGAAGAUGAUGUAAAAAUGUGGAAUGAGUAUUUACAAGAAACAAAAUCAUUGGUUCCAGGAAAAGAUUUAGCCUUUUACACUGGAGCAUGGCUUCUUUGCGAAUGCUAUAUGUACAGAAGAAUAUACCAGGCAUUCACUUCAAGCUCAAUGUUUAAGACCCAUGACCCAUUCAGUGAUCAGAAAAGAGAAUCAUUUUUCAGUACAAUAGAUUCUGUAAAAUCUCUGUCUGAGUAUAUCAUCCAAUGUUCCACCACGCUAGGGAAGAAUCCAGACAAUGAGGCUAUAAAGUUGGAAUUUGAAACACUGCUACAGUUCUCAUUGUGGGCAAACAAGUGUGACCUGUCAGUGUCAGGGGGGGUUGUAAUGGACAGUCAGCAUACUGGUAUGGCUGAGCAACUUAAAAUACUGAAAACUUGGAUCUUAGUUGAUAAUUCCUCAGAGGUUUGGGAACUCCUUGGAACAAUAGAUCGCAGCAUUAACCAUGAGAUCCACAUAGACUUUGUGCUUGAUAAUGCUGGUUUUGAAGUAUUUGCAGAUCUUUGCUUGGCUGAGUUUUUGCUUUCGUUAAACAUUGCAAAAACCAUUUUCUUUCAUGUCAAAAAUAUCCCUUGGUUUGUAUCGGAUGCAUCAGCAAAAGAUAUUGAGUGGUUGGUGGCGCAAAUGCAGCAAUCAGAAAAUGACUACGUCUCUCAGCUUGGUAAGAAAUGGAAAUCACGAUUUGAGGAGGGAUCUUUCCAAAUGAAAAAGCACAAAUAUUGGACCCUGGCUCAUGAUUAUAGUGAAAUGAAAACCAAUGCUCCAGAACUGUAUGCUGAACUAAGUAAAGCAAAGUUGGUAUUUUUUAAAGGUGAUCUGAAUUAUCGUAAACUUGUUGGUGAUCGCAAGUGGCCUCAUACCACACCUUUUGCAAAGGCAUUAUGGGGUUUUUGUCCCGCACCAUUGUGCUCAUUGCGCACAUUGAAAGCAGAUGUUGUAGUUGGUUUAAAACCUGGACAAGAUAGAGAGGCUGAAGCCAAAGAUAAACAAUGGAUGGUUAAUGGUACACAUGCUGUAAUACAAUACCAACAUUCUCUAUAAAAUGUUUGGUUAAGUUAGUCAACAACAUUAUAAAAUAAUUUUCAUCAAAACUUGUGUGAUUACAUACAUUUUAUAUAUGACAAUAUGGCUAUAUUUACUUUGAUAAUUCACUUCCCAUAUUUUUCAACAAGUUUUUCAAUUUCACAAAUACUUUUCAAUGCAUCAGCAAGCUGAUUAUCAUCCAUUUCAAAAUGCAUCGUAUUCUAUAAUUAGAAGAGAAGAAAAUGAAAUAAAUAAAAAAUGAUGCUUGUAAUAA